AUAACUUUCCGGUUUGGGAGCGAGAUGGGGAAACUGCUCUCCAAGAUCUUCGGCAACAAGGAGAUGAGGAUAUUGAUGUUAGGAUUAGACGCUGCCGGCAAGACCACAAUACUUUACAAAUUGAAACUAGGUCAAUCAGUUACUACAAUUCCCACUGUAGGGUUCAACGUAGAGACUGUCACUUACAAAAAUGUUAAAUUCAAUGUGUGGGAUGUUGGAGGGCAGGAUAAAAUAAGGCCACUGUGGCGCCAUUACUAUACUGGCACACAGGGACUAAUAUUUGUGGUGGAUUGUGCGGACAGAGACAGAAUAGACGAGGCCAGGCAAGAGCUGCAUCGCAUCAUCAACGACAGAGAGAUGAGGGAUGCAAUUAUCCUGAUAUUUGCCAACAAACAGGACCUGCCAGACGCCAUGAAACCACAUGAAAUCCAAGAGAAGUUAGGCCUAACAAGGAUCCGGGACAGGAACUGGUACGUUCAGCCGUCUUGUGCCACUACAGGGGACGGGCUCUAUGAGGGCCUCACAUGGCUCACCAGCAAUCACAAACUGUGACCUCACUCAUGUCACUUGUGUAUCAUAUUAUUUUGUUACUCUUGUAUUAUAUUUUUGUAUACGUUGUGAUGUUUGUUGAUUAAUUUACACUUUAUCAAUGGAAUAAAACCUUUCCAAUGAAUUGUCCAAAUUGAUAUUCUGUAAAUUACACUAAAAUUGAGAUGUUGACCUAGUAGUAAAAUGUAUCCAGUUUAUUGUUAAUGAAGGACAGUUUUUAUAGGGUUUGGUAUGUAGAGUCUCUAAAACUAUAAUGAAUGAUUUAGAAUAACCAUAGUUUUGCUUUGGAUGAAGUGGUGUUUUAUUACACAUGUUUUAUAUAGUAUAAAUAGUAUUUUAUUUAGUACAGAAAUGUACAUUAUGAAUUAUAAUGAAGUAAACUUAAUAAGAAAACAUGUUUUAUGUUUACUUAUAUGUUUUUAUGUCGAGAGAAUCUCAUCUUCAUGCAUUAUCCAAAAUGUAAUAAUUGAGCAGGUCCAAGCAUAAUUAGGCUCUUGAAAAUAAAAAUUAUUUAUAAAAAUUAGUUUGUCAAACAACCAUUUCAACAGAACAUUAUUUUGAAACUUAAGUUGCAAAAUGUAUGGUAUUCUUUAUCCUAAAGCUCUUUGAAGGUUUUUAUUCCAUUGAUUGAUUCGGAAUUUCCAAAAGAAGAAUGCUAGAGAAUAAUUUGUGUAAAAGGAAGCUUUGAAGCUAUGUACAUUUUUGUAAAGUUGUGUAUUGCACUAAUAUUGAAAUCUUAGUAAAUAAAUAUUGUUGAUUAUUUAAUUUAUUAGGAACUAUUUAUUCAUUCCGCAGUAUAUAUUUAAUAGGUGUAAGCUUUUUGAGAUCCAAAAAAUGUUAGCUUAUAAAUUAUUUUAUUUAAAUUACAUUUGUUAUUUUAAUACAUUUUAAAUGAAAAUGUGUGUAAAUAUUACUGUGUCAAAUUAUUUAUCUUUUUAUCUAUAAAUUCUCAGUAUAUUAUAAUAACUUGUUUAUUAAGCAAUCAUAAAUAAAUUGUUAUUAACUUGUUAUUUAUUAAAUUUAAAUUAAUUACUAAUAUUUUUUAAAAUUUUACUACACAUUGUUUGAAAUGUCAUUUGAAAGGACUUAUGGUAUUUAUCAUUUGACUGGUCAUGGUAUUUGCAUGUUAGGUCAAGCUGGACCAAAUUAAAUUGCAAGGGCAUUUUGUAGAUUUAAUUAAACAUAAUUUUUAUUAUAAUAUAGGUAUGAAGCAUAAUUAUAUAAUUUGUAUGAAGAAACUUAGAACAAUAAAAUAAAAUAAUAAUUACAUGUUAGUAUAUGAGUUUUUUGUUUUUAUCUAAUUAAUAGGAAAAUUGUCUAUCUUAAUGUUUUAAGAUGGUGUUAAUCUUUGUAAAUUUUAAUUCAGAAUUUAUUUAGCUGAAUCUAACAAAUUAUUAAUAUUCAUACUUACUGAAGAAUAAUGAUUUUAGAAAUUGUAAACAAAAUCAAAAUGAAAUAAACAAUUAUCUUUUAACCA